UCGCGCCUGCGCGCGUGCGUGGAGGGGGUGGGAGCGCGGCCUCGGCAGCACGUGGGGAACGGGACAGGGCAGGGCAGGGCAGGAGCCCGCGGCGCCGUGAGGGGAUGCGAGCAUGGCCAUGGCCCAGGCGGGGGCCGCGGCCGCGGCUGCCACCGGGCUCCUCGUCUUCCUGCUCUACUCCGCCAUCCACAGGGUCGAGGAGGGACACCUGGCCGUGUACUACAGGGGCGGCGCGUUGCUGACCAGCCCGAGCGGCCCYGGCUACCACAUCAUGCUGCCGUUCAUCACCACCUUCAAAUCCGUGCAGACCACGCUGCAGACUGAUGAGGUGAAGAAUGUGCCUUGUGGGACAAGUGGUGGGGUUAUGAUCUACAUCGACCGAAUAGAAGUUGUGAACAAGCUGGCCCCAUAUGCAGUGUACGACAUUGUGAGGAACUACACYGCAGACUACGACAAGACCUUGAUCUUCAACAAGAUCCACCACGAGCUGAACCAGUUCUGCAGUGCCCAUACCCUGCAGGAGGUGUACAUUGAGCUGUUUGAUCAGAUCGAUGAGAACUUGAAGCUGGCCCUUCAGAAAGACCUCAAUGUCAUGGCACCGGGUCUCACUAUCCAGGCUGUGCGUGUUACAAAACCCAAAAUUCCAGAGGCCAUCCGAAGAAACUUUGAGCUAAUGGAGGCUGAGAAGACCAAGCUGCUGAUUGCAGCCCAGAGACAGAAGGUGGUGGAGAAGGAGGCAGAGACAGACCGGAAGAAAGCGCUCAUUGAGGCAGAGAAGGCUGCGCAGGUGGCCAGGAUUCACUACCAACAGAAGAUCAUGGAGAAGGAAACGGAGAAGCGCAUUUCUGAGAUCGAAGAUGCUGCGUUCCUGGCGAGGGAGAAGGCAAAGGCUGAUGCAGAGUACUACACUGCUCGSAAGCUGGCUGACUCCAACAAGCUGAAGCUGACCCCSGAGUACCUGGAGCUGAUGAAGUACCAGGCGAUCGCUGCCAACAGCAAGCUGUACUUCGGYGACCGCAUCCCCAGCAUGUUCCUGGAUUCCUGUGCCUUCCAGCAGGCCAGCCUGAGGACUGCCCACGACACCAGCCUUCCUGCACAGGAGGCCCCGGACACCUCUGGAGAAAGCCCCAUGAGAGGAGAGGAGAGCACUGGGUGAGGCAGGCAGAAGGGAACCCGGUGUAGCUCAGCAGCGAGCCUGGCUGUGCCCAGGGACGAGSCCCCGUGCCGGCGGGGCGGAUGCAGCACACGCCUGGACAUCUUGUGUAUAGGUGGCAGUGGGGUUGAUUUUCUUCUGGCAACAGA